AGGAAAUUAAAACACUCGACUCUUAUAUAACCAGACGAUUUCUCCCUAACAUUACUAAUUUCCUUAUUCUAACUUUAAAACUCGAAUUAUGAAAUUCAUUGCUAUUACCGCCUGUCUCGCUGUCUGUGCUCACUUGGUCGCUGCCGAAAUUCCCCCACAUUCACAUAUUUUAGCUCCUGCCACCGCCGGUGCUGAUGUAAUGGCUCAAGAACAAGCUCUCGAGCUCGGCGCUCCUCAAUCCUUUGUCCCUGCCAAGCACUCAUCCAAGCACGAUGAUGAUGACGAUGAUGAUGAUGAUAAGAAGGACAAGAAGAAGAAGAAGCACCACGAUGACGAUGAUGAUGAGGAGGAUGACAAGAAGGAUAAGAAGAAGAAGAAGCACGAUGAUGAUGAUGAUGAUGAUGAAGAUAAGAAGGACAAGAAGAAGAAGCACGGUGACGAUGAUGAUGAGGAAAAGAACGACGAGCUCGCUGAAAAGAAGAAGGCCAAAGCUGAAGAAGAUGCUCUUUUAGCUGAAGAAGAAAAGGAGGCUGCUGAAAAGGAAAAGGAAGCUGAAGCUGAGGCCGCACAAAAGGAGAAGGAUGCUGAAGCUGAGGCUGCUCAAAAGGAAAAGGAUGCUGAGGCCGAAGCCGCUGACAAGGAAAAGGAAUCCGCCGAGAAGGAGAAGCCCGCUGAAGAAGCUCCUGCUGCCGAAGAUGCUCCUGCUGAGGAGGAGCCCGCUGCACCCACUGACGCUCCUGCUGAAGAGGCACCCGCCGCUCCUACUGAUGCUCCCGCUGAAGAGGAACCCGCUGCACCUACUGAUACACCCGCUGAAGAGGCACCCGCUGCACCCACUGACGCUCCUGCUGAAGAUGCUCCAGCUGCACCCGCUGAAGAUGCCCCCGCCGCACCCGCUGAAGAUGCUCCAGCUGCACCCGCUGAAGAUGCACCAGCUGCACCUGCUGAAGAUGCUCCAGCUGCACCUGCUGAAGAUGCUCCAGCUGCACCUGCUGCACCCACUGACGCUCCUGCUGAAGAUGCUCCAGCUGCACCCGCUGAAGAUGCCCCCGCCGCACCCGCUGAAGAUGCUCCAGCUGCACCCGCUGAAGAUGCACCAGCUGCACCUGCUGAAGAUGCUCCAGCUGCACCUGCUGAAGAUGCUCCAGCUGCACCUGCUGAAGAUGCUCCAGCUGCACCCGCUGAAGAUGCACCCGCCGCACCCGCUGAAGAUGCCCCCGCCGCACCCGCUGAAGAUGCACCCGCCACACCUGCUGAAGGUGCACCCGCUGCUGAUGAAGAAACCCCCGCUGAAGGAACCCCAGCCGAAGAGACACCUGCCUCCGAGGACCCCAAGGCUGCUGAAGACGCUAAAAAUUAA